CCCCUACCGGGGAUACUGGGGACGGUGCACUGGGGACCCUGGAGACCCCGUGCUGGCCCGCGGGGACACUGUGGGGGACCCCAACAUGGCCACCCCACGGGGGACCUUGUGCUGGGGACCGCGGUGAUGCCGAACUGGGACCAGGGGGGCCUGUCCUGGACACACUGGGGUCGCUGGACCCUCCGCCCGGAGUGUCCCGCUGUGGCCGCUCCCUGGGCCCCGCCGGGGGGACCGGGGGUCCCGGCGGUGACGUCACGGGCGCGUUGCCCGGUGACGCGGGGUGACGUCAGGCCGGCCGCCCCCCGGCAGCAAUGGCGGCGGCGCCCGCGCCGGCCGGGCCGCGCUGACAUGGACCUCAAGGGCCAGUACUGGACGGACGAUGACUCCGACGGGGACAAUGAGUCCGAGGAGUUCCUCUAUGGCGUCCAGGGUACCUGCGCCGCCGACCUGUACCGGCACCCGCAGCUGGACGCCGACAUCGAGGCGGUGAAGGAGAUCUACAGCGAGAAUGCCGUGGCUGUCAGGGAGUACGGGACCAUUGAUGACGUGGACAUCGACCUGCACGUGAACAUCAGCUUCCUCGAUGAGGAGGUGGCGACAGCGUGGAAGGUGCUGCGGACGGAGCCCAUCGUCCUCCGCCUGCGCUUCUCCCUCUCCCAGUACCUCGAUGGCCCCGAACCGUCCAUCGAGGUGUUCCAGCCGUCCAACAAGGAGGGCUUCGGGCUGGGUCUGCAGCUGAAGAAGAUCCUGGGCAUGUUCACAUCCCAGCAAUGGAAACACCUCAGCAAUGAUUUCCUGAAGACCCAGCAGGAGAAGCGGCACAGUUGGUUCAAGACAAGCGGCACCAUCAAGAAGUUCCGUGCUGGCCUCAGCAUCUUCUCCCCCAUCCCCAAGUCUCCCAGCUUCCCCGUUAUCCAAGAUUCGGUGCUGAAGGGCAAACUGGGCAUCCCCGAGGCUCGCGUGAACCGCCUGAUGAACCGCUCCGUGUCCUGCAUGGUGAAGAACCCCAAGGUGGAAGUUUUCGGCUACCCCCCCGCCAGCACCCAGGCAGGUGUUGCCCCCUUCAACAUGCUGGUCGGUGGCCACUGCAAGAACAUCCCUACGCUGGAGUACGGCUUCCUCGUCCAGAUCAUGAAGUACGCGGAGCAGCGGAUCCCGACGCUCAACGAGUACUGUGUGGUGUGUGAUGAGCAGCACGUCUUCCAGAACGGCUCCAUGCUCAAGCCGGCCGUGUGCACGCGGGAGCUCUGCGUCUUCUCCUUCUACACCCUGGGCGUCAUGUCGGGCGCGGCCGAGGAGGUGGCCACGGGUGCUGAGGUGGUGGACCUGUUGGUGGCCAUGUGCCGCGCUGCCCUCGAGUCCCCUCGCAAGAGCAUCAUCUUCGAGCCUUAUCCCUCUGUAGUGGACCCCAAUGACCCCAAAACUCUUGCCUUCAACCCCAAGAAGAAGAACUACGAGCGACUGCAGAAGGCCCUGGACAGUGUGAUGUCCAUCCGGGAGAUGACCCAGGGAUCCUACCUGGAGAUCAAGAAGCAGAUGGACAAGCUGGACCCCCUGGCCCAUCCUCUCCUGCAGUGGAUAAUCUCCAGCAACAGAUCCCACAUCGUCAAGCUGCCUCUCAGCAGGCAGCUGAAGUUCAUGCACACCUCGCACCAGUUCCUCCUGCUCAGCAGCCCCCCGGCCAAGGAGGCGCGGUUCCGCACGGCCAAGAAACUCUACGGCAGCACCUUUGCUUUCCAUGGCUCUCACAUUGAGAACUGGCAUUCCAUCCUCCGCAACGGGCUGGUCAACGCUUCCUACACCAAACUGCAGCUGCAUGGAGCAGCCUAUGGCAAGGGCAUCUAUCUGAGCCCCAUCUCCAGUAUUUCCUUUGGAUACUCAGGGAUGGGGAAAGGCCAGCACCGGAUGCCGUCCAAGGAUGAGCUGGUGCAGCGGUACAACAGGAUGAACACCAUCCCCCAGACCCGCUCCAUCCAGUCCCGCUUCCUACAGAGCCGCAACCUGAAUUGCAUCGCGCUUUGCGAAGUGAUCACCUCCAAGGACCUGCAGAAACACGGCAACAUCUGGGUGUGCCCUGUCUCAGACCACGUCUGCACCCGCUUCUUCUUUGUGUACGAAGACGGCCAAGUGGGAGAUGCCAAUAUCAAUACUCAGGACCCCAAAAUCCAGAAGGAGAUCAUGCGUGUGAUUGGGACUCAGGUGUACACAAACUGAGCGGUGGCAGUGGUGGGACCCCCGGGACCCCCCGGGCACCAAGCGGAGCCCCCGGGCGAGGCCAAGGAAGGCCGAGCGGGAUUUGAACCCCCCGGGCAGGUCAGAGCCGGGGCUGGUGCCAGUGGCUCCACC